GCUUUGCAUACUUGCUGGUCAAUCCUGAAAACCGCACGAACACUUUCCUGCCGCGAGUAAUCGGAGAGAUCGAUUCGUUCGGACAAGAUGGUUUUCCUUCCUCCUUUUUUCUUGAUGAACACUCUUAAAUUCCUGCUAUCGUACUGACGGAUACUCUGAUAUCAUCUCUGUCCGAAAGAUGGAUUUUUUUUUUUCCAACGGGACUUGCCUGAUUGAAUUUACUGUAAUGUGGAUUCUUCCUUGUGUCGAACUCAUUAGCGAUAAUGUGGUCUCAGGUUCGCUUUCGGUUGUCUCAUUGACAAUCCUGAGCCAUUUCCAGUGGCUGUUGUCAGGGAGAGUGAAAUCUGCAGUUACUAUGAACAGCAUGCCUUCGCCUGCUUAAUUUGUUUGCCCGGCGAUGUUGAUGAUGAAUGUGCAGUUAAAGCUUGCUCUGAUGCGACCCCAGCGCCUGAAUCUCUUCCCCCACAGCUUGAGAGGGUGUUUGCACAUAGCUCUUCCAGACAGGUAGUUCAAGGAAGAUCCACUCAGAGCUGGCGUGACUUGGAGAGUCUCCAGGAAUAUGGAGGACUAGAUUGCCGCCUUGUCCGCUGGAUUUGAAAGUCGAGAAGCUGAGUUGAAGAGAUUCUGCUGCUGCGAUGAAAAGGGUUGCUAGCAGGAUGAAUUUGAUGAAACUCCCAACUCUGUUACACAUUACUGUAACAGGCCUCGAGCCUAGCCAAAGCCAAGCUGGGAAAGAUUGAAUAAUAUGCCAGAAACUCCAACUCUGUUACACAUCAUUACUGUAACAGACUGGAUAUGAGCGAAGUAUGUAAACAACAUCUUCGUGUUGAUCUAUCUAAUGCUUGAAGAAACCCGCGUCCUGGCGUAAAAUGAAAGGCAUCAAUGCAUGCUUCCUACCUACACCCACUUUCAACUAUGGUAGCUGAAUUGCUCUGAACCAGCCAGGACUCAGGAGUUCUUAUAAGGAAUUGCAGAAAGAAGAAAGGACAAGUAACUGUACACACAAUUGCAGUACGAAAUGAUACUGGUAAUACAUAUUCUUGCCUAAACCCUUGAUUCUGGUUUCCAGAAGACGUAAUAUUCUGCCGAUGAAGUACUUAUGUCAUGCACGGAGCAUCUAAUUCCAAAGAGCAUAACUGGCGGGAAUCAACGAGCUUUAGUUCCUGCUGGGAGCAUUACUUACCACGAAAUGAAAUAGUGAACAAACAGACAGUUGGAAGAUUGAAGCCCAUUUUGGCUUCAGACAAGAAACCAAAAUAAGGUGAGGAAUGGUUAAUAAGUGAUGGGCAGAGACAAGAACAGGCAUUUUCGACAUCAUAGAGAGAACACUGAAUUUCUACAGGCAUCAAUUCAAAACAGUCCUUGGGUCAAAACAGCUAUCUGGGUUACAGAACGACACUCUCCACAGUCUCUUACUAGUCACUAGCAUCCAUGGCAGAAAGGCUUUUGUCAAGCAAUGGAACGACGGCAUGAUCAUGGAUUUCAAUCCCUCAAAGACACCAUUUUUUGGCCUUAUUCUAGUUGGAUUUUCACUCCCCACAGACUUGCUGUUCAACGGAGAUCCCAAGACGGCCCAUUUUAUAAUCGCCUCAAAAUUUCCUCCAUUUGUCACUCUCCAAAAGACCUGCAAUCUCAAGGUAAACCCAACAGGGAGCUGCAUCAGCAACAAAAACCACCACCUGGAUUGUAGUGUUGGGCGCAAGUUUGGAGGGGGGAAAAAAUGGAUGCCAAAGAAGAGCCCAAGCUCCAACAUUUCAGCCACCAACAUCCCUUCACCCGAUCCAUCUCGCCGGGGAACAUCGUCUGCAAUGGCUGCAACUUGGGGAUCGCAUCAGGGAAAGACUACUACGCCUGCAGAACCUGCAAUUCAUUCUCCCUCCACAAGGUAUGCUUCCACUUGCCCAGAACCACCACCCACCCUGCUCAUCCCGACUCCAAAUUGACCCUCGCCGUGUCUCCGCCGGAGUCCUCGGCCGCCGCCCAAGUGAGAUGCAAGGCCUGCACGAAGAGCAUCAGUGGGUUUUACUACAGCUGCGGCGGGACGUUCUACCACAACCUCUGCCUAGCUCUCCCGCUCUCCGUCAUGAUCUCCGGCCAUCCCCACCCGCUCAAGAUCCACUUCUGCCCACCUUACGAUUUCAGCUGCGAUCUCUGCCUCAAGCCCAGCUACAAAGGAUGGCUCUACCGCUGCCGAUUCUGCGAGUUCGACGCGCACAUCGCCUGCGCGAUUUCGCACAAGAACUCCGAGCCGGCCACCUUGCCGGACAGUCUGGUUCGCCAGAUAUCGAAUUGUUCGCAGAGCGGUCACGAGAUUAUGCAGCUGCUCCCGUUAAGGCUAGGGAUUCGCACCGCCGCCGCCGCCGCCGCCGGGGAUGAGAAAUCGGGGGAGAAGAACAGCCCCAGGCGGCGGACGUCGGCCGAUCAGGAGGAGAAGGUGUCGGCGCAGACAGAGCCCUUGAUGAAUUCCACUACGCAGCAGCAGCAGGGGAAUCCCGCCACUCCGCCGGGGAAAUCGCCGGUGUCUGGAUCUAGGGUUUCGUCCGUGACGGAGGUUCCUAGCUACCAAUUCAGCGACAUGUGCUUCUCGAUCGACCUUCACAAGUCUUACUCCGACGGCAGCCAUCUGGGGAGCAAUAAUGGUAGGGAGAGGAAAGUGAUUCCCGAAGCGACGGUGGCGCCGGCUCCACCGGCCUUCGCCGGCGGGGGCCGCGGCGAAGCGGGGAGUAAGAAUUGGGGCGAUUCGCAUAAGCUCCUCCACAACAACGCAAAUGGGAAGCCGGCGAGGAAGGAUGAGAAGAAGAUAGCGAAUGCUUAUGGGAUCCACGGCAGCGGAAAGAAACCGAGCUGCAUCAGUGAGUCCGACGAGGACACGGGAUGCUCGUGUUGGAGGCGGCUGAUAAUGUUUUGUUGUUCGUGAAAAGUAUUGAACAAAUUGUUGGAGCAUAUGGAAUCACCGAUCUUAUGAAACUGCAUAAUGUUGAUGGAUUAUGUUUGAUUGAAUUAAAUAUAAGAACUUAAGUUGAUACAAUUCUAAUAGAGUUUCAUAACGAUUGUAUCACCAUUAUCGUUUAUUGAUCUCGGUACAGUUUCAUGAUCGCGCUGAAAGUGCUUGAUGGAUGGUCACGCGGUCAUCAUGGUUCUGAUUCGCAAAAUUGUUCAAGACUCUUGCAUGCAAAUCCUCUAUCUUUGUAUACAUUUGGGCUUAUACUUGUGAACAUAUGUAUACUGAUGCAAAACUUGUAAUCUUUUUUUCAAUCCAUAAUUAUCUGAGCUAGAAAGGUUACUAGCAAAGCAAAUUUUCUGCCCCGCUAAUGACUUUCCACACAACUAUUUUUUCAUGGGAAAAGAAGGGCAGAAGGGGAACUAACGGUUAGUCUUUAGCUCAGGGGUGAUGGUGAAGUCGCAGUUUGUGCAGCAGUAAAAAAGCACAGGGGCUUUGAAAAUUUGAGAACGUGGGAAUUAACCUUAAUUUUUACUGGGAAUUGUCUUGUGGAAAUUGUCUAAAAUUCCAUGUAUGGAAUGAGCUGGGAUUGUCAAUUUUUGAGGGUUAGGGGGGCCGUAAUUUAAAUCCCACGAAUGUGCGUUUCCUGUCCUAUUUUCAUGCCCAAUUACCAGACCGCAUUUGCUCAUCCGAGCGUGGAUUUUUACCCAAUUCUAACAUUAUAUUUCCAUAUCCAAAUGACCCCGUAUUGGUGUUGCACACUAAUGUAGUAAGGUUGUUAUAUUGGUUAUUUUUUCCCCGUUGAAUCAGAUCUUUUUCAUUUCUUAGCAAAUGAUCUGAUACAACGAGAUGGGUCUGAAGUUUUUGAGAUGCUUUGCUGUAGGGAUCUUAGGUAUAAAGUGACAUUGACUCCACUUAGCACUUAGCAGUCUAUUGUGUUGAAAGAAAUCGAACACCCCAUGUGUCACUUCUGGACAUACUAUAUCAAUAUGUCAGGUUCUCUUUAAAAAAAAAAAACUAGUUGUAAAUCCAUCAAGGAUUGGAUCUUUGAAAGAAUACAUACCAAAUAUGGCUUCCCUAACAUCAUCUACUGUCACCUCAAAAAUCAAACUAGCUUGCUGCUCCUGCAUCAGUAUCUAGGGCUGGUAACCGGUUCGGUAACGGUUAACCGGUUACCGAAUUAACCGGUUACGGUAUACCGACUGCCUCGAAACCACGGUCGAAUGCCGAUACCGGCUUGUAGCCGGUUAACCGGUUACCGAACCACCGGUUAUCGGUACCAAACCGGUAAUUACCGAAACGCCGAGUCAAGGGGAGCAAAACACAUUUCGGUUCGGUUAACCGGUAAGUAACCGGUAACCGAUUGUGGGCAGAAGGGUGAUGGGAGGCAGGCAGCAGCUCUCGGCAAAUUUUUUUAAAAAUUCAUCUUAAUAUCUUUUUGAGCAAGCGCUAAAGUAGCUCCUAAAAGUACUGUUUUGUUUUUUUUUUAUAUAUUUUAUGUACUCAAUAAUGUAAGUCUUAACUC